AAGAAUAAUCCAUAAAAUUAGAAACCCAUAAAUGUAGAAAUAAGAAAAGUACAUAAGCCAUAAAUUAUUAUCGUUCUCUCUCUUCCUCUCCGUCUCUAAUUUUUCCUUGUUGAAGCACCAAAAUCUCCCGCGAAGCAUCCCAUGGAAACGGUGGAGAAGAAAUCUCAACCUCAAAUAGAUUCACAGAAAUCAAAAUCAGCUGAAUUAGAAUCAGAAUUGGAAGCACCGGAAUUGAGAAAGUUGGAAUCAUUUCUGAGAUGGAUUUGCAUAAUGGAUCACUCAAAUCUGUAUCGCGCUUCGGUUUCCUGUAUCAUGUUCUUCGUGUUCGGAAUCGCGGUUCCCAUCGCAUCGCACUUCGGUCUUUCAUGCUCCGAUUGCGAUGAAGAUCAUCAAAGGCCUUUCCAUGUGGUCGUUCAGCUCUCGCUUUCCGCCGUUGCUACGCUAUCUUUCCUAUGUCUCUCUCUGUGGCUCCGUGUCUUCGGACUGAAUCGAUUUCUGUUCCUGGAUAAGCUGUGUGAAGCAAGCCCAAAGAUUCGGGCUGAGUAUUUCCGGCAAUUACAGAAAUCGAUGAAGCUGAUGUCCUUCUUCCUAUUGCCAUGUUUCAUGGCAGAAGCAGGUUACAAAAUCUGGUGGUACAUUUCAGCAGCUAAAGAAAUCCCAUAUUACACCAAUAACAUGUAUAUUAGCUACGUUACCUCUUGCACAUUGGAGCUCUGCUCAUGGCUUUACAGAACUUCCAUCUUCUUCUUUGUCUGCAUUUUCUUCCGCCUCAUUUGCUGUCUCCAAAUGAUCAGACUUGAAGAUUUCGCUUCUAGUUUUCGUAGCGAAACUGAGGUUGGCACCAUCUUGAUUCAGCAUUUGGGGCUUAGAAGAACCUUCACUGUCAUUAGCCAUCGCUUUAGAGUCUUCAUGUUGCUGUCUCUGAUUUUGGUCACUGCUAGUCAGUUUAUCUCUUUAUUGAUGACUACAAGAUCUAAAGCUCAUGCUAAUCUCUCCAAGUCUGGACAACUUGCGCUAUGCUCCAUCAGCUUGGUGACAGGUUUGUUCAUAUGCCUCCGCAGUGCUGCAAAGAUCACCCAUAAAGCUCAGUCCAUCACAUGCCUUGCUGCGAAGUGGCACGUCUCCGCCGUCAUAAACACAUUUGAUGAGCUCGACACUGAGAUGACCCCGACAGCGUCUUUUGUUCCCAACGUUGUUGAAUCCAACUCUGAUGAUGAGGACGGCGAUGAGGAUGAGGACGACUUGGAUGAUGCCAAACUAAUGCCAGUUUUUGCUCACACAAUCUCAUUCCAAAAGAGGCAGGCAUUAGUGACAUACUUGAGAAAUAACAAAGCAGGAAUAACAGUGUAUGGAUUCAUGGUGGACAGAACAUGGCUGAAAUCCAUUUUUGCCAUUGAACUUGCUCUUUUCUUGUGGUUGCUCAACAAAACUGUUGGUGUUUCUUGAAGCUCUUGCCUUUUCAUAUAUUAGAUGAAUUUUGUAGAGGAAAUUAAAUUGUUUAUAUUCUUAACAUGUAGUGCUCUGUAUGUAUAUUGAGUAUUAAAAAUGUAUUGGAAACAAAAGGUUUAUCUUUACAAUAAUGUGUGUAAUAUAAGUCUAACUAAUAUAGAAAGAGAGAGUAGUUAAGUUGAUGAUAUCAUUUAUUUGGAAAUGAUAAUGAGUUGGUUUGUUCUGAUCUUCA